AUGAAUGUAGAAAUUAUGAACUGUUCUAAUGGUCAUAUCAAUGCUUGGGUUACUAAUGAAGAAGGAAGCGAGAGAUGGAUGUUGACUGGCUUUUAUGGACAACCCAAUUCGAGCCUAAGAGUUGAGUCUUGGCAACUAUUGGCUUCCAUGAAACCUUCAGAGAGAGUGGGCUGGUGUGUGAUGGGGGAUUUUAAUGAGGUGUUGACACAUGAUGAGAAAAGUAGGGGUAAACAAAGCCAAGAGAAACAGAUGGUGAGGUUCAGAGAAGCAUUAGAAGAUGGAGGACUUUUUGAUCUGGGGUGGAGAGAUGACAAUUACACUUGGAGUAACAAUCAUGGGGAUGACACAUUAACAAAAGAGAGGCUGGAUAGAGCAGUUGCUAACUUGAGAUGGAAAGAGAUGUUCAAAGAAGCAUGGGUAGAGGUGUUAGUAGCAAGAUGUUCAGACCACAGAUCACUUUUGUUAAGCAUGAACCAAGAACCUGCAAAAGUAUGGAGGGGGAAGAGACUGUUCAGGUAUGAGGCAAAAUGGUCCCUUAUGGAUGAUUGUGAGGAAGUUAUAAAGAGAGCUUGGCAAGUGAGGGCAACAAAGAGAGCAUCUGGUAGGGGUUUGCAAAGCUUGCUAGAGAAUAGUAAGGGUGCACUAAUGCAGUGGAGCAAAAGGAUUGAACAUGACAGAAGGAGAGACCUGAAGGAAAAAACAGAAUUGCUUAAAAAACUACAAGGAAAUGAAGGUUGGCAUAACAGUGAGGAGAUCAAGAAAGUUCAAAAUGAGAUAGGGGUCUGCCUAGAGAUGGAGGACUUGAAGUGGAGCCAAAGAGCUAAGGUGGAUUAG